AUGUGGCUCAUACUGCUCGGUGCUCUAUGUCUGUUAUCCAGUACUCUGGCCAUGCCCCUGGAGGCAGGAGGCAUGGGUAAGCAGCAUUGGGAACUGGUUCAGAACUAUCUCAAGAGAUAUUACUUCCAUGACUCCAAAACAAGGGUAAAAAUCAAUUUUGAAGACAAGCUCAAGGAGAUGCAAAAGUUUUUUGGCCUGCCUGUAACUGGAAUAUUAAGUUCCCAUGUCACAGAAAUAAUGCAAAAGCCCAGAUGUGGAGUGCCAGAUGUUUUAGAAUACUCACUGUUUCCAGGUAGACCAAAAUGGACCUCCAAUGUAAUCACCUACAGGGUUGUAUCAUAUACUCGAGACUUACCACAAAGCAUAGUGGAUCAACUACUGGCAAAGGCUUUCAAUAUAUGGAGCAGUGAGAUUCCACUACACUUCAAGAGAGUGCAUUGGGGAAAGGCUGAUAUCAUGAUUAGCUUUGCCAGAAGAGAUCAUGGUGACUCCUUCCCAUUUGAUGGCCCAGGGAAAACACUAGCUCAUGCUUUUGCACCUGGAGAUGGCAUAGGAGGAGAUGCUCACUUUGAUGAAGAUGAAGACUGGACUGACGGUAGCAGUUCUGGAAUGAACUUCCUGUACACUGCAACUCAUGAACUUGGUCAUUCUUUGGGGCUGAGCCAUUCAUCUGAUCCCAAUUCUAUAAUGUAUCCAACAUAUGAAGAUAGAGAUUCCAAGAAUUUCAGACUUUCACAGGAUGAUAUCAAAGGCAUUCAAGAACUAUAUGGUAAUGUUGAUAACUUGUAUCACUUUAAAUAA